UACGCGGAGCCGCUGCACGCGAGCCCGGAGGGGCCGGUGCUGCCGCAGCGCCCGCACCCGUCCCGCACCGCACCGCACCGCGCUCCGCAGCAGCGCACGGGUUCCCCAGUCCCACCAUGACAUUCAAGCAAGCAUCCAUGGUGGCCCCGGAGGCCACGGCCACCACGAUGCCCAUGGCCACCAUGGAGAACUCCACCGAGGCUGCGGGGCCGGGAGAGAGCAAGGAGGACAUGUUUGCCAAGCUGAGGGAGAAGUUCAUGAAUGAGCUCAACAAGAUCCCUUUGCCGCCAUGGGCCCUCAUCGCCAUCGCGGUGGUUGCUGGCCUCCUCCUCCUCACCUGCUGCUUCUGCAUCUGCAAGAAAUGCUGCUGCAAGAAGAAGAAGAACAAGAAGGAGAAGGGCAAAGGCAUGAAGAAUGCCAUGAACAUGAAGGACAUGAAGUCGGGCAACCAGGACGAUGACGACGCAGAGACAGGACUGACGGAGGGGGAAGGUGAAGAAGAGGAGAAGGAGCCAGAGAACUUGGGCAAGCUGCAGUUCUCACUGGAUUAUGAUUUCCAGGCAAACCAGUUGACCGUGGGGAUCCUGCAAGCGGCUGAACUGCCGGCUUUGGACAUGGGUGGCACCUCAGACCCCUACGUCAAGGUGUUCCUGCUCCCCGACAAGAAGAAGAAGUAUGAGACAAAGGUGCAGAAGAAGACACUCAACCCUGCCUUCAACGAGACCUUCACCUUCAAGGUCCCUUACCAGGAGUUGGGUGGGAAGACGUUGGUGAUGGCCAUCUACGACUUCGAUCGCUUCUCCAAGCACGACAUCAUUGGUGAGGUGAAGGUGCCCAUGAACACGGUGGAUCUGGGCCAACCUAUUGAGGAGUGGCGGGACCUGCAGAGCGGUGAGAAGGAGGAGCCAGAGAAGCUUGGAGACAUCUGCAUCUCCCUCCGCUACGUGCCCACGGCCGGCAAGCUCACCGUCUGCAUCCUGGAGGCCAAGAACCUGAAGAAGAUGGACGUUGGGGGCCUCUCAGAUCCCUAUGUGAAGAUCCACCUGCUGCAGAACGGGAAGAGGUUGAAGAAGAAGAAGACCACAGUUAAGAAGAAGACCUUAAACCCUUACUUCAACGAGUCCUUCAGCUUCGAGAUCCCCUUUGAGCAGAUACAGAAAGUGCAGGUGGUCAUCACGGUGCUGGACUACGACAAGCUGGGCAAGAACGAAGCCAUCGGCAAGAUCUUCACGGGCUUCAACUCCACGGGCACGGAGCUGCGGCACUGGUCUGACAUGCUGGCCAACCCGCGGCGGCCCAUCGCCCAGUGGCACUCACUGAAGCCAGAGGAAGAAGUGGACGCAGCUCUCGGGAAGAACAAAUAGAGGACCUGCAGCCGGCGCGGCGGACAUUGAAAGCGACCCAGAGCUACCGAUACCUCAGUUACGCAACCUUUGGUUUGGUUCUUUUUUGUUGUCGCUGUUCUGUUUUAAGCUGAAAUACCCUUUGACAGCUGUGGAAGGGUUUCCAGACGGUCCCAAUAGCUUCCAGGGGAAGAGGUUAAAGACUCGGAUGGUUCUUUUCAUUCUCCAGCAUCGCUCCCUCUGGCUGCAUGCCCCAUCCCCUUCGCCCAACAUCCCUCCCCACUGCUCCAUCACCGACCCGCGGCCUCACCGCCUCCGUUCUGCCCAUGGGGAUCGCCGAGCAUCGCUGCAUGGAGGUGCCACCGGAGCCGGAUGACCACACUCACUGUGCUUGCUUGGGGCUCCAGCACCAGCACGGACAUCCAUGACCUCUGCGGGAGACCUGGCUGCCUCCCCUCUCCUGCUGUGCCUCCCGUGGGGUGAGAAUGAGAUGCUGGGCCGCUCCAGCUUUGGCUGCUGCUGGGAAGAGGUGCGCAGGGACGGCGGAGCUGUGCUGCAGGAGCUGGGGGGAUGCAGGAGGAGCACGAGGACGGAGCGCUUGGAGGAGACGCAGCACGGGAUGCAGCGUGGGCCACCACUGCGUGUCAGCAGGGGCUGAGCCACGGAGCUCCGCGUUUCCCAUCGUGCUUGGAGCUGCUGUUUGCCUCCUGACGGCACAGCGUAGAAACCCAUCGCUCCAGAUGCUUCCCUGCGGCUGCUUCACGUGGAGAGGUGUCUGAGUGCUGGAGGAGCUGCUGUGGGACCCAUUGCCAUCCGCACGGCUCAGCCCCAUUGCGGGCACCCAGCGGAGCCCAGGUGGGGCUCUGGCAACUCCGGCCCUAUGGCUGCAUCCCAUCACUGGGGGGCCACAUCCCCCCCCCUUCCCCAUGGGCUGCUGCUCCCCAGGAGCCGACUGCUGUCGCAUCCGCCCUUCCACUCCUGCUGGGUGGAAUAAGCCAUAUUCCUGUUGCUGGCAGCAGCGCUGGUUGGGUAAGAACUUCUCUGGAUCCAAGCCUCUGAGCUGGGAAGCUGAUGGCCUUGCCCCUGGUUCAGCCUGGUCCUUCCUGGGGCACAGUGUGUCCCCAUGUCCCUGUGCAGUUCUCCCCAGCAGCUUUGUGCUUGCUGCUCUGCUUUGCUUUCCUGCACCCCAGGUCUUGUGGCAAAGGUCCUGGUGAGAGGAGCUCCUUGGAAUGUCCUGAGCAUGCAGAGUUUGGCACUGUUAGGCUAUGAAAGAGACUGGCAUUCAGGUGAGCAAGCUUGCAGCAGAGAAGCAGAGUUUCAGAGUGCAGUGGGGAAGCCCCAGGCACCAGGAUGCUGCCAGGAGUCUACACUCGGUGUCUUGAUGCCAGCACCCCAAGCCCAGGUAUGAUGUGCCAAAGCUGAGCUCCCCCUGGGGCCAUUGGGUGCCUUGGCACUGCCCCCUCCUC